AUGGGACUUGGAGAAGAAAAGAAAGAGAGGGAGGUCCUGGGCACUCACCGCUUGGAACUCAGAAGCAUCUCUGCCACACCCGGGCGCAAGCUGAACCUGCAGAACCUCCUGCCAACGCCCUCGGCAAUCUCCCUGGCUCAGGCUCGUUGCCACUGCCGGUUGAGGACCUGGCUGAUUCGAGGACCCUGUGUGUGCUGUCUCCACUCCUUCCCAGCGCAAGCCCCCACACACCCUAGACCCCAGCUCGUCCAGACCCACAGCCGGAGAGCGGCCCCCUUGAUCUGUCCACCUCCCCAGCACCCGCCAGCCUUCCCCUUCCUCCACUCUCUGAGCACUGCACCCUGUCCCCCCAACGUCUCUCGUACACCGCCCAGACCCUGA